GGGGUGGGGGGGGGGGGUGUCUAAUUGGAUCAGCAAUUCGGGAAAAAAUUGUAUAUCCUUUUAGGUUUUAUGAUUAUAGUCAUGGUCUGUAAAGCGUUUCUAAAUAUGUACAUUUAAAGGACAUAGAUAAGAAAGAAAGUGCUGUCGUUACCGAUGUAAACAAUAGUUAGUUGACUGUCGAAGAUGAGCGAGACUGAAUCUGUAGAUUUAGAGAGAGAAGAGCUGGGGAAAUAUGCUGAUCUAUUUUCACUCGAGGUGGCGAAACCAGUGAGGUUAUCACUCCAUUUGAUUGUCCAAAGACACCUCCCCCCGGAUGCUAGGAACUGGAGUCACGAUAAAAUUCUAGAAGCUCUUCAGAAAAUCACCCACCUUCGACUGGAUAGAGAGAACAUUUCGGAGAUUGACGGCUUAGAGUUACUUGGGGAGAGAGUCACAAAUGUCUACCUCCAGAGUAAUAUAAUCAAAAGGAUAGAGAAUUUCGAGUGCCUGAAGAAUCUCCAGUUUCUGACUCUGUCCGGGAACCAGAUACAAUCUAUAGAGAACCUCAAACACCUACAGAGGCUGUUCUUCCUGGAUCUUUCCUUCAACCUCAUAAACGACUUUGAUAUAGAUGAGUUUCCAAUGUCUUUGAUUAUUCUGAAUCUGAAAGGAAAUCCAUGUACAAGUCACCCAGACCACAGGGGCCGAAUCAUUCAGGACUUGCCAAAGCUGAAACAACUGGAUGAUGUAGAAAUCAGCAGCGAGGAGAAAUUAGAGGCAGGGUUCAAAACCGAGGAAAGUGAGGAGGAGGAGGAAGAUGAUGAUGAUAAUGAAGAAAUUGACAAGGAAAUCCCAGGAAAAGAUACAGCAGAAUUCAAAGAUAUAACACAGCUGACAAACUCCACCCUGGUGAGAUCACAACAGAGAGAAGAUUUCAACGUUCUGAAUCAAACCAGUUCGGAGAUCAAUCGGUUGGAAAACGAACUUGAUGAAGCAAGAUGUAAUUAUAAAAUGACCUUCACUGAAGCAUCGCAACGUCUGGCGCAGGCUGCGGAGAAACGGAAGAAGAAUAUUCAGCGAGCACGACCGUAUUUUGAAUUAAAAGAGGAAGCCAAACAGGCACAAGGCGAGUCUUUGAGGGCAGCCCGCCAGUAUCAGUCCGCCAUCAGUGUUUACCGUGCUGCGAAGGAAACGGUGAUGCUGGCAGAAGAACGACUCCUGCAGAAGGGGGAAGGAAGUCUAUCAGCGGCCUGGCAGGAAAUGAUGAACCACGCCACCAUGAGGGUGAUGGAAGCAGAGCGGGAGAAGCGACAGAGCGAGGAGCGCCACCAGAUCGCUACAUCACGGUGUGCCCAAUGUGAGAAAAGACUGAAACAGCUGCAGAAAAAGUUUAAAACCUCCAUUAUCAAAGCCGGUCCUUAUUUUGAGGUUAAACACGAAUUAGACGUAAAACUGCAACACCAGAAACAGAACGUGACAGACCUACACACGGCCAUUAAAGACGCGAAAAUCCGAUACACCAAAGCCCUCGGCAACCUCGAAAAAAUCUCAGAGGAGAUUCAUCAAAGCAGGAGGGAGAAAAUCAUGCUCAUGUUUCCACGGCAGCCAGGCGUGGGGGCCGAAUCCGGAAGUAGCCUCGCUUCAGCUGUCCCUGAAAUCAACCUCGAAGAAGCAGAAUUGGACAAUCUUGCAGAAGAUAGCGAUUCCAUCUUCGAAGAGGAUGACGAUAAUAAAGCCGAUGAAGGCAUUUCAAUAAACUGUCCCUCGGACCCAGGCUGUGCAACUGAUAGACUCGAAAGUGACGGAUCAAUUUUGACUCGCAGAGAAAUAUACUGUCACAUGAAAAGUGAAAACAAAUCAGAAAGUACUGAAAAAAUGUCAACGACAAGUGACCAUCGAGACACACGUUCACAUACUCCCAGCAUGGAACAAUGACACAUUGACUUUGAUUACCAACUAAGCAGUAUUGAGAGUAGUAAUUUUUAUUGAAGGGUUAAUUUUCGUUCAUGUUGUGGUGUCAAUAUAUAUACAUACCAACGAAUUCAUGACCUAAUACACAAUACGAGACGUGAACGACAAAUCUUCAUCUGAGCAGGAAGGGGUUUUCUUCACAGACCAUUCAAACCGGACCCGAGGAAAAUUAGUGACUGAACAGCAAUGCAGAAGGAUGAAGACAAACCACGCAAUUCUACGAGGCAAUCAAAAUGUCCGUUAAGUACCUGCUUUCAUACACUGACAGUCGUGUCUUGUCAACAAAAUAGAGGAUCUCCCGCCUUAUGUUUUAAUAUUGAAAACAAACAAGUGCAAGAAUUCUAAAUGGUGUAUUUCCAAUAUAAACUUUUAUUUCUUUUCUCCACAAUUGAACAUGAGUUUCAUAAACUAGUACUGAAUUACACCUGGCCCCAAAAAUGUAAUAGCUGUUAGUAAUUUUAUAUCAUGGUCCACGUAGGUAUAUUUUUGUUAUACCAUGCUGUCCACGUUGAAAUAAUCAACGAUUUGAAAUGUGUAUUUACUGUAUGUGCGAUUUUUGAUUUUAAUGACAUCGGCAAAGUUGUAAAAAUGCUAAUUAUCGAACACUGACAGAUAAAAUCAUAUAUAUA